GAUCAAUGAAGAACUAUUCCCAGGGAAACGAUGGGGUCAUAUUAAUCCUCACCUUGGAAAACAAGGAGUUGGUGGAGUUGGUUGAAGAUUUGGAUGGUGACAAUUCAGGCAGGCCAGAGUGCGUCUCUCUCGCAAGUUUCAUCAGGUGGAUGUCAUUAGUAGGGAUUGUGUUGUUGAUACUUGUUUCAAAGGAAGAGAGUCAUCAUCGAACUCUUCGGCUACCACUACCUUGCGAUCAUGUUGCUCGAGGU